CGUCACCAGCCAGCACAAUGUAAGUGAACUAACGCACAGCAGACUAGCUAUUCAAGCAACUGCUUCAUAAAAAGCACUGUCAACAUGCUCUUUUCAGCUAGAGACCAUCUGUUCCAUCGUGAAAAAUUCAUGUUUUCUAAGGUGAAAUGCUAAGCAUUCGGAUCCUGUAAAAAGUGAUCUCAACUGCUAUGACAAAAUGGCUUUGCACAAAAUUACUAAUCACAAGACUUGCUGUCAUUGCACAAUCCUCCAAAGCAAGGUGUUGGCCAAAAGCACUACUCCCUUCUCAGCAAACGUUUCUGACUUUAACUUUGGACUCAACAUAAAAUUUAACAGUUCACCAACCCAUGGUUUCUAUUUAUAUCAAAACUGCCAAGUUCAUCUGCAGGUCAUCCAUCUGUAACGCUAACUCACCAAUUGCACUUUCAACCAACAAUAAUUUACUGGGCAGCCAUUGUAGUUAAGAUUCCUUAAUUUUACUUCGGAGUCACGUGAAUGAUUCCGUGAAGAACCCAGCUCUACUGCGCAUGCGGCAUAAUCGCACAGCUGUGCAGAACGCGGCCAGCGGGAGUCGGGCGCUCCCGCAUCCAAGGACGAGAGGUAAAUGGACAGGAAAGCUAGAAAUUCUAGUGUUGCCUGGCUUGUGACACCGGGCUAAAAUUCUAACAUGACCAAAAUUAAAUGGAAGUAUUUUUUUACUACAUUUCUAGUUUUUAUAUUCGUUUCCAUACUUGCGUAUUUUGUCAUAAUUUCUUGCCUUGAACAUCCUUUUCCACAAUAUGAACAGUAUAAUUGCAGCAGAUAUUGUUCUGCAAUUUUAAAUGGCGAAGCAACAGCACUUCAGCUUGGAGAAGAUUGUGAAAAGGGGAAGACAAAAAUAUUCCAUAUUCAGAUUCCAAAUCCAAUUGACUGUUCCAGAAUUAAACAAGACCUUCACUUCAUAACAAGUUCGAUGUCACAAGAAGAAGAUAACUAUCCUCUCGCAUACAUUAUUACUAUCCACAAAGAAUUUGAUAUGUUUGUUAAACUAUUGCGAGCAAUUUAUAGACCACAGAAUUUGUACUGCAUCCAUGUUGAUAAAAGGUCACCAGAAGAUUACCAAAGAAAGGUGAAAAGUUUAUCGGAUUGCUUUGAUAACAUCUUUCUGGCUUCAAAAAUGGAACACGUUGUUUACGGUGGAUUCUCACGCCUACAGGCAGAUAUAAACUGCAUGAAAGAUCUUGUAAACUCAGCAGUUGCGUGGAAGGAAGUUAUCAAUCUCUGCGGACAAGACUUUCCAAUAAAAACUAAUCGGGAAAUUAUCUGGUACAUAAGGAACAAAUGGGGAGGCAGGAACAUCACACCGGGAACACAACAGCCAUUGCAUAUGAAAUAUAGGACAGAGUACAGUUACAAGGAAGAGAUUAAAAAUGGUGAAGCCCAAAUUUUUCGACUCAAUCAUAGAAAAACUGCACCACCAUUGGAGCUCACUAUUUAUUUUGGAACUGCAUACUAUGUACUUACAAGACAAUUUGUGCAAUUUGUUCUGGAAGAUGCACGUGCAAUUGCUCUUCUCGAGUGGUCUCGUGAUACAUACAGCCCUGAUGAACAUUACUGGGUGACACUGAACCGCUUAAAAGAUGCACCCGAUUCAACCCCAAAUGUUUCAUGGGACGGUGAUGUUCGUGCAGUUGUGUGGGCACCCCAUGCAGGACCAACAUCUGAUGGUUGUAAAGGAUAUUACAGAAAUAAUAUUUGUGUAUAUGGCCUAAGAGAUCUAAAGUGGGUCGUUCGACAACCAGCCAUGUUUGCCAAUAAGUUUGAACAGACGACAAAUCCUCUCACAGUGGCAUGUUUGGAGCAAUGGCACAGGGACCGUGUACUCAAUGAAACUUCAGAAACUAUACCGCUGCACUGGCACCUGGAUGAUUAAGAUACUUUAAGAUGGAAACAGAGUAAAAUCCACUAAUUGGGUAUGCAAUUGUUAAAAUAUACCAAUGGUUUGGCGGUUUAUCAGUCUGGAGUCCAAGUGGCAUAUGCAGCCCAAAGCACAGACUGGAGUUGGUCUCGUCAAAACUCACUGUACUCGUUUAUCACUUCCUAAAUCACCCCGUUCACUGAAAAAUUAUACUGCUGUGCAACAUGCAAGAAUAAAUAAAAUAAAAGUCUGCUUGUGUGUAAA